GGCGAGGCGAAGCUUGCUGAGGCGAGGCGGCGGCCGGGCCGGGCCGGGCCACAGGCGGCAGCGGCGGCGGGACCAUGGAGGCAGCAGCUGCUGCUCCGCGUCCCCAGCUGCUAAUCCUCGUGCUGGCAGCGGCGGCGACGCUGGUCCCAGGGACGACGGCAUUACAGUGUUUCUGCCACCUCUGUACGAAAGACAAUUUUACGUGUGUGACAGAUGGGCUCUGCUUUGUCUCUGUCACAGAGACCACAGACAAAGUUAUACACAAUAGCAUGUGUAUAGCAGAAAACGACCUAAUUCCUCGAGACAGGCCAUUUGUAUGUGCACCUUCUUCAAAAACUGGGUCUGCUACUACAACAUAUUGCUGCAAGCAGGACCAUUGCAAUAAAAUAGAACUCCCAACUGCUGUAAAGCCGUCAUCUGGCCUUGGUCCAGUUGAAUUGGCAGCUGUCAUUGCUGGACCAGUGUGCUUCGUCUGCAUCUCACUCAUGUUGAUGGUCUAUAUCUGCCAUAACCGAACUGUCAUUCACCAUCGAGUGCCAAACGAAGAGGAUCCUUCGUUAGAUCGCCCUUUUAUUUCAGAGGGUACUACACUGAAAGAUUUAAUUUAUGAUAUGACAACAUCGGGUUCUGGAUCAGGUUUACCAUUGCUUGUUCAGAGAACAAUCGCAAGAACUAUUGUGUUACAAGAAAGCAUUGGCAAAGGUCGAUUUGGAGAAGUUUGGCGAGGAAAGUGGCGGGGAGAAGAAGUUGCUGUUAAAAUAUUUUCCUCUAGAGAAGAACGCUCAUGGUUUCGUGAGGCAGAGAUUUAUCAAACUGUAAUGUUACGUCAUGAAAACAUCUUGGGAUUUAUAGCAGCAGACAAUAAAGACAAUGGUACAUGGACUCAGCUCUGGUUGGUAUCAGAUUAUCAUGAGCAUGGAUCUCUUUUUGAUUACUUGAAUAGAUACACAGUUUCUGUGGAAGGAAUGAUAAAACUCGCUCUGUCCACAGCAAGUGGGCUUGCGCAUCUUCACAUGGAGAUUGUUGGUACCCAAGGAAAACCAGCCAUUGCUCAUAGAGAUUUGAAAUCAAAGAAUAUCUUGGUAAAGAAGAAUGGAACUUGCUGUAUUGCAGACUUGGGACUGGCAGUAAGACAUGAUUCAGCCACUGAUACAAUCGAUAUUGCUCCAAACCACAGAGUGGGAACAAAAAGGUACAUGGCCCCUGAAGUUCUAGAUGAUUCCAUAAAUAUGAAACACUUUGAAUCCUUCAAGCGUGCUGACAUCUAUGCAAUGGGCCUAGUAUUUUGGGAAAUUGCUCGACGAUGUUCCAUUGGUGGAAUUCAUGAAGAUUACCAGCUGCCUUAUUAUGAUCUUGUACCUUCUGAUCCAUCAGUUGAAGAAAUGAGAAAAGUUGUUUGUGAACAGAAGUUAAGGCCAAAUAUUCCAAACAGAUGGCAAAGCUGUGAAGCCUUGAGAGUAAUGGCUAAAAUUAUGAGAGAAUGUUGGUAUGCCAACGGAGCAGCUAGACUUACAGCUUUGCGGAUUAAGAAAACAUUAUCACAACUCAGUCAACAGGAAGGCAUCAAAAUGUAAUUCUGCAGCUUUGCCUGAACUCUACUUUUUCUUCAGAUCUGCUCCUGGGUUUUCAUUUGGGAGGUCAAUUGUUAUACCUCACGGAGAGGGAACAGAAGGAUAUUGCUUCCGUUUGCAACAGUGUAAUAAGGCCAAUUAAGAAACCUCCCAGAAUUUCUUUGGAUCCAGGAAAUAGCCAUGUGGGUCCUAUCUGUGCACUAUGAACGCUUCUUUCCCAGGACAGUUACAAUAUGUUGUGUAGUCUACCUUUAUUUUUUAUUAACACAAAACUUGUUUUUUUUAAAGAUGAUUGCUGGUCUUAACUUUAGUAACUCCUUUGUACCGAAGAUCAUUUUUAAUGGUAAAGGAGCUGGAUUGCUGAGUUAUAUAAAAUAUUUCUUAUUUUUAAGGAAAGUGAUUUACUCCUGGUUAGUACAUUCUCAGGAUGCUGAACCACUGAAGAGUUUCCUUGAAUCAGACUUUGAAUGUACUGUUCUAUAAUUUUCAGGAUCUUAAAACUAACACAUAAAACUCUUAUCUUGAGUCUAAAAUGACCUCAUACAGCAGUGAGGAACAUAAUUUAUGCAAUCAUAUUUUGUAUACUAUUAUUGUUCUUUCACAUAUUGAGAACAUUACAUGCCUUCAAAAUGGGAUUGUACUAUACCAGUAAGUGCCACUUCUGUGUUCUUCUCAUGGAAAUCAGUAGAAUUGCUUAAAGCCUGUGUGGUUUAAAACCCAAGUGUCUGAAUUCAAAAAGUUUAUUUAACUGGGUAAUCCAGGCUUUUUCUCUUUUGUUUUUUGGAAGGGUUUUUGUGGUGUGUCAUUUGGUAUUCCAUUUUUAAAAUGCCUUUUUCCUACCAAAAUGUGCUUAAACCACUGAAGAAAUGAAGUGGAUUAAUUAAUAUGUUGUUAUGGUCACGUUUGAACAUUCUCACAUCAAGCUUUUCCAUUUUAAUUGCGCUAUCUUAAGAAUACUUUUUUUAAAAAAAUCAGUGGCACUGUCUAAAUACUUACAAUACUUUAAUAAUUUAACAUUUGUAGCAUACAGACUAAUUUUUCUAAAAGGAAAAGUUUGUCUAGCUACUUGUGAAAAGUUGUAUGGCAUUCUGUAAGCCAUUUUUUUCUUUA